AUGCUAGAUGGUAGAAGCCCGAAAGAUAUCUUAUAUGUUGAGCUUGUGGAGGGAGUCGGACCCAAGGGGCGCCCAAAACUAACCUAUAGAGAUGUCUGCAAGCGAGACAUGAAAACCAAAGACAUCAACGAAAACCACGCGAGCUCCACUGUGACAUCCAACCCUUACAUCUCCACUGUGACAUCCAACCCUUACAUCUCCACUGUGACAUCCAACCCUUACAUCUCCAUUGUGACAUCCAACCCUAACAUCUCCACUGUGACAUCCAACCCUAACAUCUCCAUUGUGACAUCCAACCCUAACAUCUCCACUACAUCCAAACCUAACAUCUCCACUGUGACAUCCAACCCUAACAUCUCCACUGUGACAUCCAACCCUAACAUCUCCACUGUGACAUCCAACCCUAACAUCUCCAUUGUGACAUCCAACCCUAACAUCUCCAUUGUGACAUCCAACCCUAACAUCUCCACUGUGACAUCCAACCCUAACAUCUCCAUUGUGACAUCCAACCCUAACAUCUCCAUUGUGACAUCCAACCCUAACAUCUCCAUUGUGACAUCCAACCCUAACAUCUCCAUUGAGACAUCCAACCCUAACAUCUCCAUUGUGACAUCCAACCCUAACAUCUCCAUUGUGACAUCCAACCCUAACAUCUCCAUUGAGACAUCCAACCCUAACAUCUCCAUUGUGACAUCCAACCCUAACAUCUCCAUUGUGACAUCCAACCCUAACAUCUCCAUUGUGACAUCCAACCCUAACAUCUCCAUUGUGACAUCCAACCCUAACAUCUCCACUGUGACAUUCAACCCUAACAUCUCCAUUGUGACAUCCAACCCUAACAUCUCCGUUGUGACAUCCAACCCUAACAUCUCCACUGUGACAUCCAACCCUUACAUCUCCAUUGAGACAUCCAACCCUAACAUCUCCACUGUGACAUCCAACCCUAACAUCUCCAUUGUGACAUCCAACCCUAACAUCUCCAUUGUGACAUCCAACCCUAACAUCUCCACUGUGACAUCCAACCCUAACAUCUCCACUGUGACAUCCAACCCUUACAUCUCUAUUGUGACAUCCAACCCUAACAUCUCCAUUUUGACAUCCAACCCUAACAUCUCCAUUGUGACAUCCAACCCUAACAUCUCCAUUGAGACAUCCAACCCUAACAUCUCCAUUGUGACAUCCAACCCUAACAUCUCCAUUGUGACAUCCAACCCUAACAUCUCCACUGUGACAUCCAACCCUAACAUCUCCAUUGAGACAUCCAACCCUAACAUCUCCAUUGUGACAUCCAACCCUAACAUCUCCACUGUGACAUCCAACCCUAACAUCUCCAUUGUGACAUCCAACCCUAACAUCUCCAUUGAGACAUCCAACCCUCAUCUCCAUUGUGACAUCCAACCCUAA